UGGUUUCUUAAAAUUUUAAGUGAAAAUUUUAACUAUUCUUAUUUUGGAAUGCUGCCCAACUCCAAGCUAAAGAUGCUCUUUAUGAAUGUCUUUUUCAUACUUUUCAAUGUCGCCAACUUGAAUGUAUAUCACCUGUACGCUGAUCUCAAGAGCGUUAAGGUUCAGGUGGAUCUGUCCACGCAGGAGUUGUGGAUCAGGGAGAUCUUUAUAUUUCUCAUCUGUGGCCUCAUCGUGGUGCGCUUUCUCCUGUGCUUUGUUGGCUUGGCCUCCAGAGUGGUGGCCAUCUAUCCUAUUCUAACCAACUCUCAGGCUGAGCUGCUUAUGCCCACCAUUGUUGUUCAGGCCAUUGACAAUGUCAUUCUAAAUCUAUACGAAAUUAUCCUGGGCUAUUGCAGCUUGUGCUAUCUAUUUCCUGAGAGCACGGCUGUUUUUGUCUUCUUUUUAUUCAAAAUGUUAUUGAAGAUUGCCUGCAGCAUAGCCGUUUUAAACAUCUACUCGGAUCAGCACAAUUAUUUGGCCAGCAUGGUUUCCUUUAAUGAGGAAUCAAACAGCUUAGGACCGGACAGCGUAGAUGAAAUUGAACUGGCCAAUCACAACUUGCUUUAAUUUAUGCUUAACAGCUACAAAGCAAAUUUCCCACCUGCUGGACAUUGGGAGCUGUACUGUCCGUGACCAGGACAUUGAUUCGCAUCACGGCAAACAGAUUGCGAUCCAAGUUCUUGUUCACCGUC